AUGUACCAACAAACACCCGCAACUCGUGUCAUACAACACUUGAGAAACUUAUCUGAUGGCCCAAAGUCAACCGUUAAACAAUGGCACACCUACUUUGUCAAUGGUUACAGAUUUGAGACACACAGUUGGAGUGAAGGAAAAACAACAGUAAACAGUGGAGUGUGUAUGAAAGGUGUGACUGAAAAUGGUGAAGGAGAUUUUUACGGUGUCAUUGAGAACAUAUUUGAAAUCGAAUACAAUUACCUUGAUUACAAGAAAACAGUCGUGUUGUUUUACUGUAAAUGGUUUGAUCCUUCAAAUAGAGGUACCAGAUAUGAUUCAAAGACUAAUACCGUGGACAUAAAAAUGAACAAACAUUAUCCAUUGUAUGAUCCGUUUGCUAUGGCUCAUAACGUCAGACAAGUUCACUAUGUCCCUUAUCCAUCGACUACAAGGGAUAAGCGAGGUUGGUGUGCCGCAAUAACAUCAAAACCAAGGGGUCUGAUUGAAAAAAAUGAGAUAGAUGAACGUGAAGAUGAACCAUAUCAGGAAGAUGAGAUGUCCAAUGUUGAUGAUGUCAUUGCAGUUGAAACUUUUAAUCAACUUUGUGUACAAGAAGAAGCCGAAGAAGUACCUUCUGAUGGUGAUGUUGAUGAAGAGGACGUCGAAGAUAAUGGUGAUGAUGAAGGCAAAAAUUUUGAUGAUGACAAUGUCGAUGAUGACAUUGAUGAUAUUCCACCAGCACCGGGUGUCGGACGCGAACGCGCUCCACGUAGACGUAGAUUACCCCGCCGCGUUGUUCGGAAUCGAUGGUUGGAGGGUAUGCCCAAGUCUCGAACCGUAGAUGGUGUGGAAGAGGAGUACGACUCCUACGACGACGAUGAUGACCACGAGGACGAGGAAAUUGCCGAUAUUGCACUUCUAGCUCCUCAAAAUGAAUUGUUGGUUGACCGGCAUGGUAGACCCAUCAUCAUGCUAUAUACCGCCACAGAUUUGCAACCCCAAAAUCCGGCGAAUAAGGCAAUCAAUAAUGCAUUGAAAUCCAAAUUCCAGGCUCCAUAUCUCAACUGGACGGAGGUUAGGGCAGAUGAGCGUGGAUAUCAACAAUUUUGGAAUGGCUUCAGGUCGCAAGUAACUUGGCUGAAUCACCACACAGCGGCUAUUGAGCGUAUAUUCAACAAAAAAGCCACCAAGCGUCUGUCGACCUUACUUUUUGAAGCGCGGAAAAAGAUUAAAAAGGAUCCUUCAAAACCACCACUUUGGCUCGCUGGCAAUUCAUACCCUAUGCUGUGCCGCAGAUGGGAAGAGGAAGAGUAUAUUGCAAAGUGUAUAAAGAACAAAGCCAACAGAAAUACUGAUGAAGCCAAUCGUGCGUGCGUACACUCUGGAGGGUCUAAAUCUGCCGGAACGCUUCGUCUUGAGUUCAUCCAACAAAUUGGUCGUCCACCCACCUUUAUGGAGAUGAAUGACAUGAUGCACCGGUAUGCAGAUUCCGGUCAGUGGACGGGGGCAAGGGCGCAAGAAGUGUCGAGGUUGACGCAAAUUUGGGUUGAAGAAUAUAAUGCAAGCCAACUACGACUACCACCUCAUAGGCGAGAUAAUGAGGAUGUUCGUCGAAACAAGAUGUCGUUGGCUUUUGUUAAGAAUGCUGGUGGUCCGACUCGAGGUCGCAAAUUCGCUGCUGGGUGUACAUCUUCUCUAUAUGCAAGUGACCCAACUGGUUUGAGAGAUGUCACUUACACAUCUUCAUCUUCAUCGAGUACAGGACGCUCUCGUCCAACUCAAAGAGAGGAAACCGAUGAUGAGUAUGAAGCGCGAAUGAGGGCCACGUAUAGAGAAGAAUUCCGCGAUGAGUUCGAAGCAUCAUUUGAUGACCGGGUGGACCUACGGGUCCAACAUAUAUUGCAGGAAUUCUUUGCGCAGCAGAGGGCGCCGGCGGGGGGGGGGGGGGGGGGGGGGGGGGUUGGAUCAUCAUCUCAGGCUUCGGCACGACAAAAUCAAAAUGCCGGUGAACAAGAAUAUCGACCGGAUUUGAGUAGCAUGGUUAAUUUGAAUCAGCUGCCGGAGUACCGAGAGGGUGAUCCAGUACUGAGUAUGAGCAUAGAGGAUAUGAGUCAGAUGCUUAAUGAACCAGUUCAUUUACAAUUUUUUGAUCCUACUGGGCAAACAAGUGGAAGCAGUAGUGACGGAAGCGGUAGAAAUAAUCAACAAACUGCUUUCACCGAAUACCAGAGAUCAUUAAAUCCACAACAAGACUUCAUAAUCCCACAUCCAAAUCAACCCCAAGGCAACUUCUUCCCAAAUCAAGCCCCAAUUAACUUCGUUCAUAGGCCUGUGGCACGACCUCCUUCGCGAACGUCACUCCCCGGAGUCGUAAUACACGAGGGAGGUAGAGGCCGAGGCCGAGGAAGGUCGCGUCAGCCAACAGACACUGGCAAGGGGAAGCGACCACUAUAUCAGCCGCCUGACCAACGUUGAUGUGUAAUUUUAAUAAUCUGUUGUUGAUUAUUAUUUGUUUAAUUGUUUUCUUUUUGUAAUGACAAUAUUAUCAUUAUAUUUAAUUAUGCUUAUGUUAAGU